AUGUCGUCAGUUAAUUUAUUUAUUACUGUGACACUUAAAUUAGAAGCAAUAAUUGUUGAAGUAGGAAGAGACGAAAACGGCGAUUUUAUUAUUUUCGAUAAAACCAUAUUUCACCCACAAGGAGGUGGUCAGCCUGAUGACAAAGGACAUUUUAAGUUAAAAAACAAACAAUUUGUUGUUAAGAAAUUGUGGGCUCCACGAAAUUUUAAUGAAGAGGAACCUUUUAAUAUGGAAGAACAAGUCAAUCAAAUGGUCUUGCAAGAAAUUGAUAUGAAACUUCGUAAAUUUUACGCUCACAUUCAUUCUGCUGGACAUUUAUUGUCAAAUGCAGUCAACAAUUUGUACCCUAAUAUCGAUGGUUGUAAUGGAAAUCAUUUUCCUGAAACAUCUUUUGUGAUUUUCGAAGGAAGUCCUCUACCUGAACUUCAAGAAUUAAAGCAAAAAUUAAGUGAAAAAGUUAACGAGUUGGUAAAAAGUAAUCUUCCUGUUAAAAUUGUUUGGGAAUCUAAAUCCAAAACUAUUCAAUUUGGUAGUUUCAAAGCUUAUCCUUGUGGAGGAACUCAUGUUGCUAACACUUUAGAAAUUGGAGAAAUUACAAUUCGUAAACUUAAGAAGGAAAAAGGUGGAAAAUUGAAAGUUGGUUACGACAUCAAGUAA